UCAAAUUGCAAGGUUCAUGUACCUUGGCAGGCAACCCCCGUCACAGCACGUUUGAAAGUCGGCCCUGCAUUCUCUCGGACGCAUUUCUCCCUCACGUCGAGCCCACCUCAAUAUACUACUGGGGCCAGCGUUUGCGGCAUAGCUAUAGGUGAUCUACAAACCAAUGUCACAUUCUUCGUGCAUUCACUCAGAGUCAUUCUUGGCUUUCCAGCGUAGGCACGACAUCGCAAUGUAGAAUGUCAGAUUCGAGGAACCAGAAUGCGGUGUAGUAUCAAGGAUUACGAACAGCUUUAUGGCAGGUCAGCGUUAUCUAGCACACAAUUUCCUCGGGCCCUUACCUCCUGCGUCCCUUCUUAACAUCUUCCUCUUGUCUCCCUUAUUUUCUGACCAUGUACUUCGUUCGCUUCUUUGUGUGUAUUUUUUCUUGUCUCUCUGUCGCUCGUGCUUUCAGUGUGACUGUCGGGACUCCCACCCAAUGCGGUCCUCUGAACAUUUCAUGGACUGGUGGGCAAGCACCAUUUGAAAUACUCAUAGCACCCUCUUUGCAACCGUAUCAGAAUGUAUCUGUACCAGCAUCAGCCUUUAGCAAUGGCCAAGGCUCUUAUUCAAUACCGCAAUUGUCAUUGUCGACAGGAACUACGUUUCUACUCACUAUGUCUGACGCCACUGGAUUUGGUUCGGGAGGGACGACAAACAUAUUGACUGUUGGGAAUUCAGUUGGAAAUAAUGUUUGCAGCACUCCAAUUCUGUCACCUCCUUACACCUUCGAGUUGUCUCCACUUCCGCCUAUACAAUGCAGUCAAUUUACCGUUCUGGCCGAAAGUAGUGCAGUCCUGCCUAUUACUAUUGUGCAACUUAUUCCUGGCGGACAAUCAGUUGUAUUCAAUUCCAAUAGCGGCGAAAGUUUUACCUCAGUUGUAAAUGUUGCUGCAGGGACAAACCUCAUGUAUCUGGUCUUCGACUCCUUGGGCAGACAAGGUGGGGUCUCUGGAUUCGAACAGGUUGUGGGCACGGGUAAUUUCUCGUGCCUAAGCGCCAACUCGCCGUCAACUACUGCAGGCAUGUCUGCCACGACCACAGCCACGACUUCACAAUCAUCUAGUUCAAGCAGUUCAUCGACUCCGACAGGUAGUACGUCAAGCAAUGAUGUGGCUCUUAUCGCAGGCACGACGGGCGGCGGGGGCGGCGGUUCUUAUUGCAUUGACGUUCAGUCUUCUACAGGAGAUCCAAAUUACAAAGUCGGCCCUCACAGUGACAUUCCGCCACAAUUCCCUUUCCCAUAUGAAUACGAGACAAACCCCCAACGCUACUAUACCAGACCCAUUCAACCCAGCCUAAGAACCCAGUCAGACAUGACCAAUUCAUCCGCCGGCAACUUCGCAGUCAGCGCUCUUCCCUCGUCAUUCAACCAGACACAACAUUCACGCCAGAGCUCUAACACAGACUCUCAUGUCUAUGGCGAUGCUCGAAGUUCGAUCGUGUCAUCCGCUUACAACCGCCAAUCACCCUCAUCUGCUGGAAAUUUCACAGCAAACGACCCUCGCACACCGUUUAAUCAGACACUACAUUCACGCCAAGGCUCAAACGGAGACUUUGUUAUGUAUGGAGAUGCUCGAAAUUUGGCCAUGUCAUCUGUUGACAGACGAAUGACCACCGUCGCUGAAAUACCAUCACCACAAGAGACAAAUCCUAUUAGCUAUAUUGGUCCAUCCAUUCAAUCUGGAUCUCAGCCAAGCCCUAUUGAUGCGUCUGUUACCAGCUUGGCAGCUAGGGUCCAUCAUGCGCCCUUCAAUCAGACACAGCCUUCCCACCAGAGCACUAACGCAGACUUUGUUGCAUAUGGAAACACUCGAAUGUCAGAUAUGAUGACACCCGCCGAGCAGAUGGCUGUUGGGGCUCGAUCAGCGCCACCAUUACCACGGAAGAUAGUCCCUGUCUACCUUACUCCAUCCAUUCAACCCGAAUCCCAAUCAGUCUCUACUUCUACCGACAAGAACCCUCCCAUAUUUUUCAAUCAGACACAAAAUCCUCCCCAGAGCUUCGACGCAGACAGCUUAGCUGUGCACGGAGCAUCUGAAAGUCAAUCUACGGUGUCGGCUGGCGCGCAAGCCGCCUACCAACCUACUCGAAUCACCGUGCAUACUGGCGCUGAUGAUGUUGCGCCAGACAACAAUGGUUCAGUUGAACCCCCGCCGCAGUAUUCAGAGCAUCGAGAAAUUCGUGCCUUGUGA